GGCAGCGCUCUCGCCAAACUCCCAACCCAAUGAGCUCGCAGCAGCCCUCGAAGCCGCACACACUCUUCACACACACACUCUCUUCCUCCUCCUCCUCUACCUCCUCCUCCUCCUCCUCUCCCUCCACCACCACCUCCUCCUCCUCCUCCUCCUCUUCGGUGCCGGCUCUCACUCUUAAUUCAACCCUGGGACACAGACGGAGAAGAAGGAGAAGAAGAAGAAGAAGAGGAGGAGUGAGAGCGGCAGCGAGUGGCAGCGAGGGAGAGUGAGGGCGAGGAGAGAGGGAGUCUGGCGGGGUGUGAGGGAGAAACACCAUGGCUUCAGAUCCGGGGCUGACUGCGAUGCUGCUGUGGACUAUAUCACUACACACUCUGGGAACCGCAGGAACUAACAGUAACGAAGUGAAUCUGCUGGACACCACGACCAUCACAGGAGACUGGGGCUGGCUAACGUACCCGUCACAUGGGUGGGACGCCAUUAAUGAGAUGGACGAGUACUUCAGUCCCAUCCACACAUACCAGGUCUGUAAUGUGAUGAGCCCGAGCCAGAACAACUGGCUGAGGACGGUCUGGAUCCCCCGGGAGGGAGCCAGGAGAAUCUACAUCGAGGUCAAGUUCACUCUGAGAGACUGCAACAGCAUGCCGGGAGUACUGGGCACCUGCAAGGAAACCUUCAACCUGUACUACUACGAGUCGGACCGGGCGGUGGGCUCCGCCAUCCGGGAGAACCAGUUCAUUAAGAUCGACACCAUCGCUGCUGAUGAGAGCUUCACCGGCGUGGACCUGGGAGUGCGCAGACUCAAACUGAACACAGAGGUGCGAGGUGUCGGACCCCUGAACAGACGAGGCUUCUACUUGGCCUUCCAGGACAUCGGCGCCUGCAUCGCGCUCACCUCUGUUCGGGUUUACUACAAACGCUGUGUGGGAGUGAGCCGCAACCUGGCCGUGUUCACCGACGUGGUGACGGGGGCCGACUCGUCCUCGCUGGUGGAGGUCAGGGGUCAGUGUGUGGAUCACGCCGAGGAGAGGGACACCCCGAAGAUGUACUGCAGCGCCGAGGGGGAGUGGCUGGUGCCCAUCGGGAGGUGUGUGUGCUCCGCCGGCUUCGAGGAGCAUCGAGAUUCCUGCGUGGCCUGUGAGGUGGGCUUCUAUAAGCCGGUGGCGGGUGACGGUCUGUGUGGGAAAUGUCCUCAACACAGCCACUCGGAGACCAGAGCCGCUCUCUCCUGCCCCUGCGACUCCAACUACUAUCGGGCGGCAGAUGACCCGCCGGCGGCCUCCUGCUCCCGUCCUCCAACUGCUCCGGUCAACGUCAUCUCCUCUGUCAACGGGACGUCGGUGAACCUGGAGUGGGAUCGGCCUCUGGACACCGGCGGGCGCAGCGACCUGAAGUACGGUAUCCUCUGUCAGAAAUGCUCGGGGGAAGGAGGCCCCUGCGAGGACUGCGCCUCGUCUCCAGGAGGCGCCGGCGUCGGGAAACCCGGCGGGUCGGCGGGCCUCGGCGUCGGAGGAGGGGGGAUGGUGGAACGUUCCGGCUCGGCGGUGGUUCGCUUCGUCCCGCGGCAGAGCGGGUUGACGGAGCCCUGGGUGACGGUGCUCAACCUGGUGGCCCACACCAACUACUCCUUCAGGAUCCAGGCUACGAACGCCGUGUCCCAUCUGAGCAACGAGCCCACGCUUUUUGCCGUGGUCAACAUCACAACAAACCAGGCAGCUCCAUCUGAAGUGCUAGCGAUCCGCCAGGAGAACACCAGCCAGAACAGCGUGACUCUUCUGUGGCACGAACCCGACCAGCCCAACGGCGUAAUCCUGGAGUACGACAUCAAAUACUACGAGAAGGAUAAUGAAGAGCACAGUUAUUCCACUCUGAAGUCUAAAAACACCAGCGCCCGAGUGUCAGGGCUGAAACCGGGCACCAAGUACAUCUUCCAGGUCCGAGCCAGAACGUCAGCCGGCUGCGGACGCUUCAGCCAGAACGUGGAGAUUCAGACCGGGAAAGCAGUUCCUCUGCGCUACAACACCAUGACCAUCAUCUGGAUCUGCAUGGCCCUGGUGUCCGGCCUGGUCACCUUUCUGGCCAUCAUCAUCUGCAGGAAACGGCAAGGCUACACUUUACCACACUACCCAUCGCUGCUACACUGUGGCUACAGCAAGGCCUUCCAGGACUCCGACGAGGAGAAGAUGCAUUACCAGAACGGUCACGUGUCAUUCCCCGACGCGAGGUUCUAUAUCGACCCGCACACAUACGAGGACCCCUGCCAGGCGGUCCACGAGUUCGCCCGAGAAAUUGAAGCUUCCAGGAUCAAAAUAGAGAAAAUCAUUGGCUCAGGGGAGUUUGGGGAGGUGUGUUAUGGACGGAUGAGGCUUCCAGGGAAAAGGGACAUCCCAGUGGCCCUGAAGACGCUGAAGGCCGGAUACACCGAGAAGCAGAAGAGGGACUUCCUGGCGGAGGCGUCCAUCAUGGCUCAGUUUGACCAUCCCAACGUCAUCCGUCUGGAGGGAGUGGUAACGCAGAGCAAACCAGUGAUGAUCAUAACAGAAUACAUGGAGAACGGAUCCCUGGACUCCUUCCUCAGGCGACAUGACGGCCAGUUCACCAUCAUCCAGCUGGUUGGGCUGCUCCGAGGCAUCGCCGCUGGGAUGACCUACCUGUCUGACCUGGGCUACAUCCACAGAGACCUAGCUGCCCGCAACAUCCUGGUCAACAGCAACCUGGUGUGUAAGGUGUCUGACUUCGGCCUGUCCAGGGUCCUGGAGGACGACCCCGACGCCGCAUACACCACCAGUGGUGGAAAAAUACCGAUCCGCUGGACCGCCCCGGAGGCCAUCGCCUACAGGAAGUUCUCCUCCUCCAGUGACGUGUGGAGCUACGGCGUGGUCAUGUGGGAGGUGAUGUCAUAUGGAGAGCGGCCAUAUUGGAACCUCACCAACAGAGAUGUGAUCAAAUCAGUGGAGGAGGGUUACCGGCUGCCGGCUCCGAUGGGCUGCCCCGGCGCUCUGCAUACACUCAUGCUGGACUGCUGGCAGAAGGAUCGCAAUGAGAGACCACGCUUUUGCCAAAUAGUCACUGUUCUUGACAAGCUAAUCCGCAACCCAGAGAACCUGAAGUCCAUGGACACGCUCUGCAGCCACAGUUUAAGCAGUCCUCCUCUGAUGGACAGAGCUAUCCCCGACUUCAGUAGCUGUAACUCAGUAGAUGAUUGGCUGGACACCAUAAAGAUGGGUCGCUACAAGGAACACUUUGCGGCAGGGGGGUUCCACACUCUGGGACACGUCAUAAGCAUGAACCAAGGGGACAUCCAGAGGCUGGGUGUGACUCUGAUGGGCCACCAGAAGAAGAUCAUGACCAGCGUCCAACUGAUGCGAGCGCAGGUCCUCAACAAGAGCGUCCCGUCAGUGCACGUAUAACUGCAAGGCCCAGGUUUCUCCUUCUGCGCUGAAAUCCAGAAACCGAGGCUUCUUAAAGGUCUAGGCGGACUCCAUGGAAAUGAAGAUGACGAUGGGAAAAAAUGGGAAAAAAAAAAGAGAAAACGAGCAGGACCUUUACAAGACUUUUUCCUCAAGACAUUGAAAGGUUUUAACUACAGAGCAAGUGAACAUGACUUCUUUGGGACAAGUCCAACUUUUCUUUUUUUUUUUUUUCCUAUCCAGUUACAUUUUCUGAGUUUAAAUGUCUUGUUUCUAAAUGGAAAGACUGCCUUAAUUACCACAAAUUAUUUUAAUUUUAUUGUCUACAAAGAGAAAAUAAUUUAUCAAUCAUGAAUUUAUCAGAGUAAUAUGAUUUACCGAAAACGGGCAAUAGCAAGAGUAUAUUUAGUCUAUAAGAUGGGGGUGUUUUCUAAUGUUUUCAAACAGCUUGAGGAAAAUGAGGUCCAGAACGAGGCUUAAGUCAUUUAAACAAAAAAAAAAAAAAAAAG